GAUACACUUCCGAUACAUUAUUGCUUAACAGCUGCAAUGUAGCCAGUUUUUUGUUGAUUGUUUGGAUCACAUCCCGACUGUUGGCCGAACUGCUUGCUCGUCAAUGCAUUCUAUUUUGGGAAACGUCAAGACCCAGAAAAAAGCAAAAACAAUACAACACAUCUGUGCCUGUUUUCUCUCAGACGUGUGUACCAUUUAGGGCAGUGACGAGGGAUUCUGGAGCAAACUGCGCCCUUUCAUCCGAGAGUUCUGUUGAUUACGCAAGUGAAUUGAAUUGUGAGCACGAAUUGGAAACUGGUUGCUGUUGUAACAGACCCAACAGUGAAUGUUUUUUGGACUUCUACACGCACAGGGACGAAGAAAGAAUGGUACAGCUAACAAUGAAGGUGAAAUUACCUACAUCUGCAACAUGGCUGCUACGGGGACGGUAGUGGGGAAAAGUUUAGGGCACUGACGUGGGAGAAGUUUUAUACUAAUUUAGAAGUCUACAUUGCCGCAGGAAUUGUAAGAUAAACAAAUCAGACGUUUUUCGUCGCUUCAUAUUGUACAACGAACGGAACACCGUGGAUUACCGACUGAAAGCGGAAGAGUGCAAGACCACUUUCUUCGUCCAUCCUAUGAUUAUAGUUAUCAAGCAAUCGCCGUAGACUUUCGUCUAGAUUUGUGGUGGCGUUUUCAUCCUGAAUAGUGGACCUGUCGUCCAGUUCGACUAUCUAAAAUAUAAAAUGCAUUUCUCCAUUCCCGAAACGGAAGUUCGUUCGGGUGAAAAUGGUUCAACAUAUGUGGCCUACAACAUCCAUGUGAAUGGGGUUCUGCACUGCCGUGUGCGUUACAGCCAGCUCCUUGGCCUACACGAACAGAUAAAGAAGGAGUAUGGGAACAACGUGGUGCCUGCCUUCCCACCCAAGAGGAUCUUCACACUGACCCCAGCAGAGGUGGAGCAGCGACGAGAACAGUUAGAGAAAUACAUGCAAGCUGUACGGCAGGACCCCAUCCUGGGAGCAUCUGAGAUGUUCAACAGCUUUCUGAGGAAAGCCCAGCAGGAGACCCAGCAGAUCCCAACAGAAGAGGUUCCUCUGGAGAUUUACCUUUCCAAUGGCCAUAAAGUCAAGGUCAACAUUCUGACCUCUGAUCAGACUGAGGACGUCCUUGAGGCUGUUGCAUUGAAGUUGGACCUUCCUGACGACCUGGUUGGUUACUUCAGUCUCUUUCUGGUUCGAGAAGGUGUGGACGGAGGCUUAACGUUUAUAAGGAAGCUGCAGGAGUUUGAGCUGCCCUAUGUUUCAGUCACCAGCUUACGAAGCUCCGACUUCCACAUCAUCCUGAGGAAAAGUUACUGGGACACAGCAUAUGACAGCAACGUGAUGGAGAACCGAGUGGGGCUCAAUCUUCUAUAUACCCAGACGGUGUCAGACAUAGAGAGAGGCUGGAUACUUGUCAACAAAGACCAACACAGACAACUGAAAUCACUGCAGGAGAAAGGAUCCAAGAAAGAAUUGAUCAGACUCGGCCAGACCCUGAAGUACUUCGGCUACAUCAAGUUUGACCCGUGUAUCACGGACUUCCCGGAGAAGGGCUGUCAUGUGAUUGUCUCCGCGGGCAACAACGAGCUGAACUUCCAUGUCAAACUGCCCAACGAGCAGAUGAAGGAGGGGAGCUUCAAGGUCACACGGAUGAGGUGCUGGAGGGUCACCUCCUCUCAAGUCCCAGUGGUGAAUGGCACGGCCGGACCUGCUCCCGGCUCCUCUGCCAAGUGUGAUGUGAAGCUGGAGCUGGCCUUCGAGUACCUGAUGAGCAAAAACCGCCUGCAGUGGGUCACCAUCACUAGCCCCCAGGCCAUCAUGAUGAGCAUCUGUCUCCAGUCUAUGGUCGAUGAACUGAUGGUGAAGAAGUCAGGUGGCAGCAUCACAAAGAUGCUGAGGAAACGCCACAACGGUUCCCUUCACCGCUCGGACAGUCAGCAAGCUGUGAAAUCUCCCCCUAUAUUGGACUCCCCAGAUUCAAACCGAGAACAGGUUGUCAAACUCUCAACCAAGCUGAGUUCUGUCUCUCUCAGAGGAAUCACUGCCUCCAACUCAGCCAACGACAUCAGCGGAAGUGAUUUUCAUGGCAACUACGCCUUUGAGGGGAUCGGGGACGAUGACCUGUAAUUCCACAGAAAGAUUCCACGCCGAGCUGAGCCAAGCAGAAAGAGACGAGUUGGUUGUCCGAUUCUGCAAGAUUGUAGCCCCUCCAGCAUGUCUGCUGCCCGCCUUCUGUUCUCAUCCUUCUCAUAAAGCCGAUUCCUGAUCUCUCACGGACAGAUUAUGCGGCAAGAAUCUGUCAAGGACACUGAAUAAUGGGAUUACGAGCAGCAGCAGUAGUUCCUGUUUUGGGAUUUUAGUCUUUUAACUUUUUGAAGAAAUCUAGAUUGAGUACAGGCAGUGCUUAAACAGGGACAGUGAGCUAGAACCCACAGCCACAAAUUUGGCGAUUAAUGUAAUCAUGUAAGCAUAACCAGGGGUUGAAGUAAUAGAAGGGAGGGGUGUAGCAGAGAGAGGAAACGAAAAUCACAAUGAUCAACAACAAUCCCCAACAAGUAAAAGAGGAAUUUUACCUCUGGUUUACCAAGCUGACUCUGUCCCCUAAAUAGUACAGGACUUCUGAAUGGAGCCCCUGGUAACCUGGUGGAAGGUCUUGCGUUAUAUAAGGUUCUAUUAAGACUAUGUAGCGUCUGUGUUUUAGUUUUGUUAAGGCUGGGAUUCAUUCAGACCUGUUACGCCGCGUCUUUUGGAUACAAUUACUAAGACCAGUCUGCAAGUCAGCAAUGGAACAACAGCCCCAAUGCUCCAACGCAGGUUAGAUUGAAUUGAGCCCUAAAACUGCCCUGUUUAACUCCUGUUGUUGAUGUUCUUGGUUGAUGUCAAGUGAUAUUGAGACAGGCCAGGCAUGGCUAUUGUCAGUUAAGAUCCUUUAACAUCACUAGACAUGGAAGGUCAAUGGAUGUGUAGUGCUGCAUCACCAUGGCAUUGUCCAUUUAGCAGUCUUUUCCUGGAACUCCCAGGCAUUCCUUCUUUGUAGAUGUUUGUGGGACAGUACAUUUCCGUAACAGUGCCAUUCACAGUCUCCUUUUGUCUUUUUCUGUAGCCUGUUAACCCAUCCCAUCUGAAAUUCAAGGUGCAAACCAGUUAAUUGAUUUUGUAACAAGGGUGCCUGUUCUUGCUUUCCAUAUGGGUUACUGUCCUAUACUGGCGGUCCUGUAGACCAGAGCGAUGUUAGAGCAGCUCUGACGCCAGUGAUGUGGGGCCCAAUUUGACAUGAGAGGACAUGGCUCUGUCUGUUGUCUUCCUGGGUCAUUCCCAGCUGCUGUCCAGGUCAAUGACCCAUACACAGAAUGCCAAAAUGUUCCCAAUGUGCCAACAACAAAACAUCAAUAACUUCUUUGGGUAUUUUACCCCCCUGCGCAUUUGAAGGGAGACCGACUAAUUGCAGUAGCUGAGAAUUGAAUCGUCUCUCAUUGUGAAUGUUACACUGAGGGUUUUUUGUCAGCCAACUCGUAUCGGUGGAUGACUUCACAGAGGAAUUGUGGUGGUUGAUUCAGCCAGGAAGAUCCUAUCAUAAUCAAAUUAUAAUCUUACGCCUUAAAGUGUUUCUUGUGACUUUGUCGGAACUCUGAACAAAUCCAGCAUUAGGUUGCCGUUAGUCAAAAACCAAGUCUGUCUGAGCCUCAGCCAAUGGGAGCUCGUCUUUCAGGAUCUGUAGUGUUCAACUGAGUUGGCUCAACUGCUUGCACUUCCUGAAUCUAUAGUUUUGCACAGUAAUGCGUUUAAGUAAGCAUCUCACUUCUGACAAUGUCACUAAUUGAUCUUUUGACCAAUCACAUCAGUUGUUUUUCCUGAUCUGAUUGGUCUAAAGGACAGUUAUUGGGGGAUCAUAAUCGUGCUGCCUUUGUAGCCUUACAGAUACAGAUGGAUAUUCAUUAAGUGGAGCAUGAACACAUUGAGGGCUGCAUCCCCAACGUCACCAUGUUUGACUGUUGUCGUCUGGGAUGUAGAAUUAUUUCCAAGCAGUUCUCAAAAUCCAUAUAGAUUUUUUUCUUCUUUUUUCAGCCUUCUGUUUUGUCAAGGCUUCUCAUAAAUGCCAAAAUUAUAGUUUACUAAUGCAUUUUGCACAAAAGAAACAUAAAAAAAUCAUUGGUAUAAAGUCACUUUUUAUAUAUGCAAUUAAGAAAGUAUUCUUAAAUGUUUACUAAUAUCUGUAUCGUCAAUAGACUGUAAUCACAAAUAGAUCAAAUGUAAUCUAAGCUGUAUAAGAUGAUUAGAUGAAAAACUAACAUUUAUUAUUGUUUACAGAUGUGUUUUUUUUAGGGAAAUUGUUGUUAGAAUGCUAAGUGUUUACAAAUUCCAUGUCUAAUUUGUAUUAUUGAUUGUGUUAUUUUGCGAACAAAAACAUCUGUGGAACAUUUAUGUGGGUUCAUUCAGUUAAUUCCAUUUCAUACUUGGAAAUAAACAAUAUGGCAAUCAUCUCAAGAUCAGAAAAUUGUGGUGACAAGGUGCUCAGUGGAAAACCAGCAUGUUUAACCUUUCCUCUUUCAGAAAACAGAGAUGAACUUCUUUAUAGACAUUUUUGAUUUCCAACAUUUUGUUAAAUAUGUCAUUCCAAGCAUUUAAAGCUCAAAUCAUUGCUAUUUGCCAGGUUCAAUGUAACUUUUAUUCCAGGUAUUUUCCAGGCAAUGAUGAACAACACAUAACCAGCAACUUGCUUGAAUACUAGUGCAAGUUGACAUAGAGGACACUUGAGGGCCUGGUGGUUUAGCCUGGUGGUUCCACACCUGUUUUGUACUGACUUGCCAGGCUAAGAGAAGGCUGUUCUGAUCAAGUGUUCCCUGAUGUCAGGUAAAUGAAUGCAGACCCAUUGACUGUGCUGACAGCUAGAACACAUGGCUGUUCUAGAACACAUGGCUGUUCUAGAACACAUGGCUGUUCUAUAGAGACGUUGUUAAUCUGUGAUGUUCUCAAGGUUGAAUCCUUAUCACCCUGUUCCCUAUGUAGUGCACUACUUUAGACCAGGAUCAAUGGGUCUGCAGUCAGAAGUGGUGCCCUAUUUAGUGAAUGGGGGUGCCUUUGGGAUGCAGCUAAUAUGUUUUCAAUUAUACGUAUUUAGGAGCUGGAUUCAAUCUGAAGGGUGGAACAUUAGUGUUUCAUGAAGCGUUUAUAGCACCAUUGGUCAUUUGUAUUAAGCCAAACGUGAACAUUGCUUGUGUUUUAAUUGUGCUCCAGCAUGGAUCUGCUGAGUUUCAGAUUGAAUCUAGAAAUAAAAUCAUCUGGAUGGUUUGUAAAGUCUGUCAAAGGCAUGACAACGUUUACAAAGGCAGCCGAUUCUGAUUCUGUCAAAACACCAAUUUAUGGAAACACAACCCGUACUGAAAAAGGAUCGUAUGAGAAAUUCUGAUGUGAUCAGAAUGGGUGUGCCCAUGUAAAUGCAGCCUAUAGCUGAUCAGGAUGAGUGUGCUGUUUGUCAUGGCUGUCUUACAUUGUUAAAGAACCCAUGGAUGAGAGCUACAAAGUCCUGGAUUUCAAUAAAUUGAAUAGGUGCCAAAUAA